AUGUCUCUCAAAAUAAAGGCUUUAGAUGCAUCGGUGGUCAAUAAAAUUGCAGCCGGUGAAAUUAUCAUAUCGCCUGUAAAUGCUCUUAAAGAAAUGAUGGAGAAUUCGAUCGAUGCCAAUGCGACAAUGAUCGAUAUUCUAGUCAAGGAAGGGGGCAUCAAAGUGCUUCAAAUUACAGAUAAUGGCUCUGGUAUCGACAAGGCCGAUCUCCCUAUUUUAUGCGAGCGGUUCACAACUUCCAAAUUGCAAAAAUUCGAAGAUUUAAGUCAGAUCCAAACUUAUGGAUUCAGAGGGGAAGCUUUAGCCAGUAUAUCUCAUGUGGCAAGGGUCACAGUGACAACCAAGGUUAAGGAAGAUAGAUGUGCAUGGAGGGUUUUGUAUUCAGAAGGGAAGAUGUUGGAAGCCCCCAAGCCUGUCGCCGGCAAAGAUGGUACCACUAUCCUGGUCGAAGAUUUAUUCUUCAAUAUUCCAUCGCGAUUAAGGGCUUUGAGGUCUCAAAACGACGAAUACUCCAAAAUAUUGGAUGUUGUUGGGCGAUAUGCUAUUCAUUCAAAAGAAAUUGGAUUUUCUUGUAAAAAGUUUGGAGAUCCUAAUUAUUCUUUAGCAGUCAAACCGUCCUACUCUGUCCAGGAUAGGAUUAGAACUGUAUUCAGCAAUUCUGUGGCUUCUAACUUGAUACCUUUACAUAUCGACAAGAUUAAAGAGUUGGACGUGGAGAACGUUGAUGGAAAAGUGUGUAAUCUGAAUUUCAUAUCCAAAAAGUCAAUUUCUCCAAUUUUCUUCAUCAAUAAUAGGUUAGUGACAUGCGAUCCUCUAAGAAGAGCUCUUAACGGCGUUUAUUCCAGUUAUCUUCCAAAAGGUAAUAGGCCCUUUAUUUAUUUGGGAGUUCUCAUAGAUCCAGCUUCGGUGGAUGUCAACGUUCAUCCAACAAAGAGAGAAGUACGUUUCUUGAAUCAGGAUGAAAUAAUAGAAAGGAUCGCCAAUCAGCUACAUAUUGAAUUGUCUGCCAUAGAUACUUCGCGUACAUUCAAAGCUUCAUCAAUCUCAACAAGCAAACCAGGAUCAUUACUCUCAUCGAAUAGUCCGACUGAUAAUGGAGAUAAGAGAAGGACCCUCCGACAAGCUCAGGUGGUAGAAAAUUCGUAUUCCACAACCAAUAAUACAUUAGGAAAUGUUAAAAGGCAAGAAAACAAACUGGUUAGAACAGAUUCUUCGCAAGCGAAAAUCACAUCAUUUUUAUCCUCAAGUCAACAGUUUAACUUCAAUGAGGCGUCUGCAAAACGGCAAUCAAGCCAGCCCAAAGUAAACGCAAGGAGCUCUCUGAUUCCAGAUAAAGAUGAAAUUCGAGAAGAAGGAGUGGCUGAUGAAAUCGAACAAUUGCAUGAUACCGUUCCAAACAGCGAUACUGAAUUGGAAGAUUUGCCUAGGAAGAAACCAAAAGUUAGUGCAGAUCUUACAUCAAAUAUCAAAGAUAGUAAGAGCUCCGUGCCUCCAAUUUCAAAGGAUGGGUAUAGAAUAGUCACCAAAGAACGGGUUAACGUAAACCUUACAAGUAUCAAAAAAUUGCGUGAAAAGGUAGAUGAUUCGUUACAUCGAGAACUAACAGACAUUUUUGCAAACUUAAACUACGUUGGAGUUGUUGACGAGGAAAGAAGAUUGGCAGCAAUUCAGCACGAUUUGAAGCUGUUUUUAAUAGACUACGGGUCCGUGUGCUAUGAACUAUUUUAUCAAAUUGGAUUAACAGACUUCGCAAACUUUGGUAAGAUCAAUUUGCAGAGUACAGAUGUGUCGGAUGACAUAAAUCUAUAUGACCUCCUAUCGGAAUUUGAGGGAUUGGAUGAAGAUACCUCAAAAGAAAAAAUAAUUAGUAGAAUAUGGGAUAUGAAUGGUAUGUUAAAUGAGUACUAUUCCAUAGAGUUGGUAAAUGACAGUCCAGAUGGUAGUUUUGAAGCUAUCAAACUGAAAACUUUACCUUUGCUUUUGAAAGGCUACAUUCCGUCUAUGGCAAAACUACCAUUUUUUAUUUAUCGCCUAGGUAAAGAAGUGAACUGGGACGAUGAACAAGAAUGCCUAGAUGGAAUUUUGAGAGAAAUCGCAUUACUAUAUAUACCGGACAUGAUUCCUAAAGUAGAUGCGUCUGAUGUAACGCUAUCAGAAGAUGAAAGGGCUCAAUUUGUAGACAAAAAGGAACAUUUAUCUUCACUAUUAGAGCAUAUACUCUUUCCUUGUAUCAAAAGAAGGUUUUUGGCGCCUAGGCAUAUUCUCAAGGACGUUGUCGAAAUAGCAAACCUUCCUGGUUUAUACAAGGUUUUCGAAAGAUGUUGA